AUGACCAUCCAGGUCGUCGAGAACAGUUAUCCUAGGCGGGGAGAUCGCAUGCAGGAGGAGCCCUCGGCCAAAAAUGCACAGGGCCUUUUUUCUCCUGAUGCUCUCUCGACCAAGAUCCCGACCGAGCAGCUGGCCGAAGAUCUCAAGGAGGUCUUCGCGCGGUUUGGCCCUUGCCAUGUUAAGAUCAAACAAGACAAAAAAAAGAAUCUACCAGGUGCCUUUGUGCAGUUCGAGCGAGUCGCGGAUGCUAACGCAGCCUUGGGAUGUGAUCAAUGUACACAACUACAUGAACGUUGGCUAAGGAUCGAGAGGGCAAAGGGCAGACGAACGGCCCUCCUCGGCCUCCGCUCUGGCGCGGCCAUCACUCAACACGACAUCACGUCUGCUUUGGGAGGACGUGGUCCUCUCGAGGCCUGGUGCAUCGAAUCACACCAGUCGGGAUUUAACUGCUGGACCAACGUCGGAAAAGUCACCUUUGCCUAUGUCGAUGACUGCAGGGACGCCAUCAAGGCAAAUGCACUCAUUCCCUCUUGCAGACCACCACUGACUACCCUCCAGCAUUUCUCCAAAGAUCACUCGUACUACCUUUCCCUUCUCGACAUGGAUGGCAGCCCACUGAUCCCUGGCUCAGGGUCGGGGAAUGACCAACCCCGGACGAAGUCAUACAAUGGUCAUCAGUCGUCCCGGGGUAAUCACUCCCAGCGAGGAUAUCACGGCCAGCGAGGACACCGGACCGGACCACCUCGAGGUGGCAAUCGUGGGUUCUCCAGGUUCCGCCAAUCACAAUAUCAUCAGGAGAACAUCAAUCCUCGUGGGGGAUACGAGAACUCCCAUCAUCAAGGCGGAUACCAAAAUGCCCCCAACAUGGUGCACGGAAUGCCAUACGGUGGUGACCAUCCACCCUUCUACCCUCCACCUGCGAGCAAUAAUUUUGCACCACCUCCGUUCAUUAUCAAUGGCCAGCCAGUAUACAGCAACCAUCAUCCAUCUGGCCUUCCUCACCACCAGCCGGGGACCUUCGUUCCCGGCGUCAGCAACGGUCCCUUCAUCGUGAGCGGCCAGCCGCCGUACAGCCCUGUCAUACCAGCACUCUGGGGCGAGCCUUACCAGCAAAACAAUGGGUAUUACGGCCCUCAGUUCAAUAUGCCGAACCACCCCCAGGCAUACUUUAGCCAAACGAGUCAGACUUGUUACAAUGAGCCCUACCUCCAAAGCGUGACCCACUUCACAGUUCCGUAUAGCAACAAGAAGGCAACGUCGCCGUCCAUGACCGUCGUGACAGUCAAGGAAGUUCCCAAGACGAGCAGCAGCCCCGAAAUAGUCAAGGAAAAUGACAAAUCAGACAAAAAGUCUGAGCCAGAUGAGAGCUCUGGACCAGACGUCGAGGCCAAUACUGAAAUCGAUCUCUUCAACUUGGAGGAUCCUAAAAAUGGCCCCAGACUGAUCCGUGUCCACGACUCGGACACCGAGGAUACCGACUAUGAGGAAGAACCUUCCGAGCCCGAGCCCAGGAUCGAGCUCAAGUCUGAGCCCGAAAAGCCAACCCGUCUUACCCCAGCUUUGGCUCCAGUGGCAGAAGAAGUCGAAGAGGACUCCAUGACCCCAGAGCCCAUAUCUGAAUCUGACUCCAAUCCAGUUUCUGACUCCGAUAAGAGUGCAGACCUCAAGGUACCCAACAGCACCCAGAGCAUUCGAGACGAACCCCAUGGUCUUAGUGACUCCAUUUGCGAACCCACCCCCCAGCCCUGCUCCCACAGACCCCUCGAUGUGAAGUACCAGCCGGGAACCGGAAAGACGAUUGAGGAAUAUGUCCGACUGGGAGCAGAGGGUCGACACAAUGAAUACACCGAGGAAACACUACUGGAUAUCAUUCGCGAGCUGGAGCAGGAGCAGAAGGAUCGGAAAGCGCAAAAGGACGAGGAUACGAAGGUGUUCGAGUCAGGUUCGAGCUCACAGGGUGGGUCAGUGGCGCGGAGUUUGUCGUCGAAAUCGGCUUGA